AUGGCUAGCCAGAAUAUGUACUCUAUCGGACUGUCCAGUCUAGCUAUCGCAGCGUUGCUGCUACUUGCCAGGAGGCAUUCUGCAAAGAAGCGGCUCACUCUGCCCUUCCCCCCUGGCCCAAAGCCGCUUCCUGUCCUUGGAAAUGUUUUCGAUAUACCUGACAAAACCCCUUGGAAGGUUUACAAUGACUGGUUCAAGGUCUACGGCGACAUGAUCUAUAUGAACAUCAUGGGCCAAUCUAUUCUGGUUCUAGGUUCAGUCGAGCGCAUCACCGACCUGCUCGAGAAACGUUCGGUAAAGUACGCAGACCGUCCAAGAAUGACCAUGCUCAACGAACUGAUGGGCUGGGAUUGGUGUUUUGGCCUGAUGCCUUAUUGUACAUCAUGGCGGAAACAAAGAAAGCUAUUCUACGACCAGUUUCAAACCAAUUUCCUCCAGUUUAGGCCAAUACAAGUCGACCACACGCACAAGUUCUUGGGAAACCUUCUAGAGUCCCCGGACAAGUUCCUGCAACACAUUCGCCUAUUUUUUGCAGGCACUAUCCUCGAAGUUACAUAUGGAAUCCAAGUCUCUAGCUACAACGAUCCUUACGUGACCAACGCAGAACAAUGCUUGGCUGCUUUGGCCAGUGCCAGUAUACCGGGCGCUUUUUUGGUGGACACGUUCCCCAUAUUAAAGCAUGUCCCAUCGUGGUUCCCAGGCGCUGGCUUCAAACGCAAAGCUAGGGAGUGGGCAAAGCUGUCGUACAACCUCGUUCACGGCCCAUUCAAUGCCACCAAAGAAACUUUACGUCAAGGGAAGGCCCUUCCGUCAGCUGCAGCCAAUAUGCUGGAAGCUGCCCCGGAGGACGAACCAGAUAAUUACGAAGAGCUUGUUCGUAAUUGCGCCGCCAUAUCGUUUGCAGCUGGGUCAGACACAACAGUUUCGACUCUGCAAACCUUCUUCCUAGCUAUGGCCAUGUUCCCAGAGGCCCAGAAGAAGGCCCAAGCGGAGAUAGACGCCAUUGUAGGGCACACGCGUUUCCCAACCUUCGCCGACCGCCCAGCUCUUCUGUACCUCGAAGCAUUGAUUAUGGAGAUAUCUAGAUGGAACACAGUCUCACCCCUUGCAUUACCCCACGCGUCUACAUCCGAUGACGAAUACGAUGGCUACUUCAUACCAAAGGGCACAAUUGUUAUGGCCAACACCUGGGCUUUACUGAACGAUCCGUCCGUGUAUCCGAACCCGGAUGACUUCAAUCCGGAUCGGUUCCUCCUGGAUGGCAAGAUCAAUCCAGCGGUUCGUGAUCCUCGUAAUUUUGUGUUUGGCUAUGGCCGACGUGCCUGUCCCGGACGAUUCUUCAGUCAGGAUAACUUGUAUAGCGCCGUUACGGGGAUCUUAGCGUCGUUUUCCAUUACCCCAGCUCAAGACGCGCAGGGGAACGACAUUCCUCUCAAGGCGGAGAUGAGCAGCGGGUCGUUAUCCUACCCCCUCCCCUUUAAGUGCAAGAUUACCCCCCGGACUGGCUACGCAGAGCAAUUGAUUCGACAGAGCAACAGCUCUUGA